GAGGUCAGUAUUAGUUGAAAUGUUAUGUAUAAUAAUUAUGUAGUGUAGAUUGUUGUGCCGUUUAACGACGAUGCGUUUACUUUGGCCUAUAUGCGUCUUAUUUGGAGUUGCUUUAUUGGAAGCUCAAGGAGUACCUCUUCAUUCAAUCACACAGCAUAGACCGACAUUCAGAUGCGACUACACCUACUUCGUUGAUGCCGAAGGGUGGUUCAAGCUCCACGCAAAACCAGCUACGUGGCUUGAGGCCCAGGCCGUCUGCCUAAGUGAAGGAUCCAGUAUUUUAUAUCCCGACACCGAAAUCAUACUGAGUACAGCAGUCCACUUAAUGAGAGAUGUCUCCAUUUCAAGGAUACAUACAGGUAUGAUGAUGCACAACAGGCAAUCAAAUCAAAUUGUGACAAGUAAACCGAUGGGUGUGACCCUUGAUGAAGUAGGGUUGAUGCAAUGGGCACAGCCGAGUGAUUGGCAUCCAUUUAUCUGUCAUAAGAAGAAGUUUGAAUCUGUAUUGCUGAAUGAAUGUGGUACUGUUGAUGAAGAUUAUCACAUGUACAAUGCUACUGGCAAUUGUUACAAACUCCACGAGAACAAGAGAAAUUGGUUCGUAGCAGGGGCAUCCUGCAAAGCUGAAGGUGGUCAACUUGCCAUCAUAAACAGUGAAACGGAGGCCGAGGUCAUCAUAGAUAUUUUCAAAAACAAUCCAGCUGACCAAAUUCCUGGAGAUAUCUGGUUGGAUACUGCGUUCCUUGGAUUCAGGUCACUGGAUAGUGGACGGAGUUGGAUUACAAUUGAUGAUGAAACCUUAAACAUGGCAGGAUAUGCUAUGUUUGCUCCAGGUGAACCAAACAACGCUGCAAGAAACGAAUAUUGUGGUAGUGUGGGUAGAAACGGGAAACUAUUCGAUGAUCCUUGCAUGCGAGAGAUGCUGUUUAUAUGCGAGAAAAGGACAGAUGAAAUAAUUUGUGAUGAGAAUAAUAACAGUGCUGUGAAUGACGAAAAUGAUAUGUUUACAGUAUUGGAUAGAAGUGAAAAGGCUGAGAAGCUUAGAAGUAUUUUAGGUGGAAAUAAUGUAUGACUUAACCUCCUGUGUGACAAGAGACCUUUUUUAGAAUAUUUUAAGAAACUUUCAGGAAUUGUUAAUAUUAUGGAAACUUAUGGGAAACACAUUGAAAAAAAAAUUUGUUCAGGUAA